UAACGGUGCAUUCUGGGUCCUACCCAAGAUGGCUGCGCCCUUGCCGUAGUGCUGAAGCAGUGCCUCUCCGGAGAAGUUUUUAGGAUUUUUUGUGAUUUCUGACAGAAUUAUCGCGCCGAAUCGGCUCGCAUGGUCGCUGGCUUGUAGAGGAACAAGGCAGGACCACCGUCAUCUAUAAGUUUUGCUGGUGCUUAGCGUGGCUGUGGCAGACUGUCCGUGUGAAGAUGGGCCUCGUCUCCAACCCCUUCCCAUAGCGAAGAGCCGCGGGGAGAGGAGCCGAACAUUCCCCUGCAAGCACACCCCCGUCCAGCUCGCCUUCGACGGGUUCGACCUCCUGUAUCGGCUGUGGACGCUGCCCUACAACUUCCUCGCGAGGAUUAUUUGCGCGACCUUCUCUGUCAUCGCCCGGAGAAGACGGAGAGCUUCCCCUGUCCGGGCUGAUAAUCCCGCCGCACCGACUCGGUAUGCAGCUGCUCGCUGGGGCCCUCAUGAAAAUGGACUCGGACUUGCUUCAUUCGCCGGCUGUGGGCCUGGCUGAGGAAGAGGAGGCUGACAUGAAUGACUGGAAGCUUCCCUUGACCUUCAUGAAGAAAAGACACUUGGAGAAGAUCGAAGGCUCCAAGGCGUUGGCACAGAGCUGGAGGAUGAAGGACAGGAUGAAAACUGUGAGUGUUGCACUGGUGUUAUGCCUAAAUGUGGGAGUGGACCCUCCGGAUGUGGUCAAGACUUCCCCCUGUGCACGACUGGAGUGCUGGAUAGACCCUCUGUCCAUGAGUCCACAGAAAGCCCUGGAGACCAUCGGGGCCAACCUGCAGAAGCAGUAUGAAAACUGGCAGCCCAGGGCACGUUACAAACAGAGUCUGGACCCCACAGUGGACGAAGUGAAGAAACUCUGCACGUCACUGAGACGUAACGCCAAAGAGGAGCGAGUCCUCUUCCACUAUAACGGCCACGGGGUUCCACGACCGACCGUCAACGGCGAGAUCUGGGUUUUUAACAAGAACUACACUCAGUACAUCCCACUGUCGAUCUACGACCUGCAGACGUGGAUGGGGAGCCCCUCCAUUUUUGUUUACGACUGCUCCAACGCAGGAAUUAUCGUCAAGUCCUUCAAACAAUUUGCUCUGCAGAGAGAGCAGGAGCUGGAGGUGGCGGCCAUCAAUCCCAGCCACCCUCUGGCGCAGAUGCCUCUGCCGCCCUCCAUGAAGAACUGCAUCCAGCUGGCUGCCUGUGAGGCCAGCGAGCUGCUGCCUAUGAACCCCGACCUGCCGGCUGACCUCUUCACCUCCUGCCUCACCACGCCCAUCACAAUUGCACUCAGAUGGUUUUGUAUGCAGAAGAGUGCCAAGCUGGUGCCAGGAGUGACGUUAGACCUCAUUGAGAAGAUCCCUGGCCGGCUCAACGACAGACGCACACCUCUGGGAGAGCUCAACUGGAUCUUCACGGCCAUCACCGACACGAUUGCGUGGAAUGUGUUGCCUCGAGAUCUGUUCCAGAAGCUGUUUCGUCAGGACUUGCUGGUGGCCAGCUUGUUCCGCAAUUUCCUGCUAGCGGAGAGGAUAAUGAGGUCGUACAACUGUACACCCGUCAGCAGCCCUCGCCUGCCCCCCACGUACAUGCAUGCCAUGUGGCAAGCGUGGGACCUGGCGGUGGACAUCUGCCUCUCUCAGCUGCCCACCAUCAUGGAGGGCACCGCCUUCAGACCCAGUGAGUUCUUCACACAGCAGCUGACGGCGUUUGAGGUGUGGCUCACGAUGGGAGUGGAGAACAGAAACCCCCCAGAGCAACUCCCCAUAGUACUGCAGGUCCUCUUGAGUCAGGUGCAUCGGCUGCGAGCUCUGGAACUGCUUGGACAGUUUCUGGAUCUGGGACCCUGGGCUGUUAGUCUGGCGUUGUCUGUCGGGAUCUUCCCCUACGUGUUGAAGCUGCUCCAGAGCUCAGCCCGAGAGCUGCGGCCUCUGCUGGUUUUCAUCUGGGCUAAAAUCCUAGCUGUGGACAGUUCAUGUCAGGCUGAUUUGGUCAAAGACAACGGCCACAAGUACUUCCUGUCCGUGUUGGCGGACAACUACAUGCCAGCCGAGCAUCGAACCAUGGCCGUCUUCAUCCUGGCAGUUAUUGUCAACAACUACAGCACAGGGCAGGAAGCCUGUUUGCAGGGCAACCUGAUAGCCAACUGCCUGGAGCAGCUGUCUGACCCCCACCCGCUGCUCCGCCAGUGGGUGGCCAUUUGCCUGGGCCGCAUCUGGCAGAACUUCGACCCAGCUCGGUGGUGUGGAGUCCGAGAUAGCGCCCACGAAAAGCUGUACACCCUGCUGUCGGAUCCCAUCCCUGAGGUGAGGUGUGCAGCUGUCUUUGCUCUGGGAACAUUUGUCGGAAACUCCGGAGAGAGGACGGAUCACUCCACCACCAUCGACCACAACGUGGCGAUGAUGCUGGCGCAGCUUAUCAAUGAUGGCAGCCCUGUGGUCCGGAAGGAGCUGGUGGUCGCGCUGAGUCACCUGGUGGUUCAGUAUGAAAGCAACUUCUGCACAGUUGCCCUCCAGUUUAUAGAAGAAGAGAAGAACUACUCGGUGCCGUCACCCGCUAACACUACAGGGUUUAGAAUAAAUUUAAGGAGGAGCUCAAGGGAUCUAAAGCUGGAAAUAAGCUUCUCUUCUCAGUCAGAGCCUGGGAACCUCACGCCAGUAAGGGACAGUCCCGCCAUCCCCCGCCUGCGAUCUGUCAACUCCUACACCAACAUCCGAGCUGUCACCACCGCCCGGAAUCUGAAUAAAAGUCUGCAGAACCUCAAUCUCAACGAGGAAGGUGGACCCGCAGCCUUCUCGCCUGGUAACCUGAGCACCAGCAGCAGCGCCAGCAGCACUCUGGGGAGCCCUGACAACGACGAGUACAUCCUCUCCUUUGAAACCAUUGACAAGAUGCGGCGGGUUUCCUCCUACUCCUCACUCAACUCCCUCAUAGGUGUGUCCUUCAACAGUGUUUACACGCAGAUCUGGAGAGUGCUGCUUCAUCUGGCUGCAGAUCCUUUCCCUGAGGUGUCAGAUCUGGCCAUGAAGGUCCUCAACAGCAUCGCUUACAAGGCAACGAUGAAUGCCCGACCUCAGAGGAUCCUGGACUCUGCGUCUCUCACAAAGUCGGCACCGGCCAGCCCCACCAGCAAAGGGACACUCAUCCACCAGGCGGGUGGCUCUCCUCCCAUGCCCAGCACCAGCAGCUCCAGCCUGACCAACGACGUCCCCAAACCCCCCAACCGAGAGCAGCCGGCCACACGGCCUCCCUACACACCCACUCUGGGAGGACAAGCGCCCCACUCGCACCAGUUUCCACGCACUCGUAAAAUGUUUGACAAGGGCCCUGAGCAGGGAGCUGAAGACGGCGACGAGCCGGUCGGCCACAGGAACUAUGUCAGUCUGUCCCUGCAGACCGGCCUCUGCGACUGGAGCGCCAAAUACUUUGCUCAGCCGGUUACAAAGAUCCCAGAGGAGCACGACCUGGAGAGUCAGGUGAGGAUGGAGCGUCAGUGGAGGUUCCUGAGAAACGCUCGCGUGAGAAGGCAGAGUCGAGUUAUCACCCAAAGAGGUAUUUCCCGUCUGGACGAUCAAAUCUUCAUAAACCGUAACCCCGGAGUUCCAUCUGUCGUGAAGUUCCACCCCUUCAACACCUGCAUCGCCGUAGCCGACAAAGACAGCAUCUGUUUCUGGGACUGGGAGAAGGGCGAGAGGCUGGACUACUUCUACAACGGAAACCCGCGGUACACCCGCAUCACCGCCAUGCAGUAUCUGAACGGACACGACUGUUCGUUGCUGCUCACCGCAACAGACGACGGAGCGCUGCGGAUCUGGAAAAACUUUGCUGACCAGAAGAACCCGGAGAUGGUGACGGCGUGGCAAGGCCUCUCCGACAUGCUGCCCACCACCCGAGGUCUGGCCAGAAGGGUUUCCAUCUAUCUUGACAGAAGUAAGCAAGGAGGAGCUGGGAUGGUCGUGGACUGGGAGCAGGAGACCGGCCUCCUCAUGACCUCCGGAGACGUCCGAAUCAUCAGGAUCUGGGACACAGACAGAGAAAUGAAGGUUCAGGACAUCCCCACCGGUGCCGACAGCUGCGUGACCAGCCUGUCCUGCGACUCCCAUCGCUCGCUCGUCGUGGCAGGCCUGGGCGACGGGUCUGUGCGCGUCUUCGACCGCAGGAUGGGUCCAAAUGAGUGUCGCGUGAUGACGUACAGGGAGCACGGCGCCUGGGUGGUCAAAGCUCAUCUGCAGAAGGAGGCGGACGGCAACAUCAUCAGCGUCAGCGUUAACGGAGACGUUCGCUUCUUUGAGCCGCGGACGCCGGAUUCCAUCAAUGUGCUGCAGACCGUGAAGGGACUGACGGCGCUGGACAUCCACCCGCAGGCCAACCUCUUCGCCUGCGGGUCGAUGAACCAGUUCAUAGCCGUCUACAACUCUAACGGUGACGUCAUCAGCAACAUCAAGUACUACGACGGCUUCAUGGGGCAAAGGAUCGGCGCCAUCAGCUGUUUAGCCUUCCACCCAUACUGGCCUCACUUGGCCGUUGGAAGCAACGACUACUACAUGUCCAUCUAUUCAGCGGAGAAGAGGCUGAGAUAACACACCAGCACCACCACCCCCCACACACACCCACCCCCACACACCCCCACCAACACACUUAACUUGAGCCUGGAGCGCCGGGAUGUAAAUGACCUUUUUUCCCUGUAAAUACGCCGUUUAUGUUGUAGAGGGGCUGCUGUCAGAAACAACUCUAUGUGUACAUAUAUAUAUUGUAUUAUUCUAUUGUCCUUGAUCCUUCAUAGUCCUAUAAUGAAGCUAAUGAUUGUAGACUUGGCUGUGCUGAGGGAAGUGUGUACAUUACAGAAGAAGAAGAGAUGUUCUAUUUUAAAAGAGCCGGUACCUGCAGAAGAACCUCCUCAUCCCCAGCAUCACUAGCUUCCUGUUCCAGAGGAGGGGGGAGACACUGACAAAGCUGGUACAGGACACCCCC